UGCUGCUACAAGUUAGGAUUCCAUUGUUGGUACAAACGAUUCAGACUCUCAUGGAAGGAACAUCUUUGCCUUGCACAGAUCAGCCCCCACGCAUCGAGAAACCAAUUUCCGUAACUCUUUGGUGCUGGCACGUGUCUCUGUGACAUCAUCAGGUGGAAUGGUUGGCGGUUGGAAGGGCCGUGGGCGAGCGGACAGAGGGUCAGUGAUCGGGGAGGUUCGGGGUGUGAAGGAGCGCAACAGGAGGAAACUUAUUUUGGGCCCAUGCGUGGCCAGUAAUCAGUGGAGAAAAAAGUUAAAUUCAGGAUUAAAUUUCCAUCUUGUUAUCUGAAGAUAUACCCGGUUUGAAAAAUGAUUCGUUAUAGUGAAUCAGCACAGGAGAUGGUUCCAAAAGUUAGUGUUUCGAGUGUCUUUGAUUCAUUUACAUCCAGUCCGGACAGGAAAGGCAAAGUACGUCGGAGUACAGUUGGAAUGCUGGCCUUGCAGGAGACAAUCAAAGAGAAGCAGGGAAGGUACAGAGAAGCAAGGGAGAACAGGAGAAAGAAGUUCGAUGAAGUAUAUCAAUACCUCAUGGAUAUCAUCUCCUGGCGUUUGGAGAUGGAUAAAGCAGACGUGGAAGAGUUUGUUUUGGAUUCUCUGUCUUUCCAACCUUUUGAUGACUUUUUCGCAAAAGGAGGCACAAAUAUACUUGCAUUUCUUUACCAACAGUCUGAACCACCACCAACAGAAUGUGGACGAAUUAUUGCUGGAAUUAGUAAAGGAAGCAAAAUCAAGAGAUUAUAUCUGACCAAAUUAUUCAGUUCUCGCCUUGAGAGCCUGUGUUUAUUCUUUGUGCGGCACAACAUGGAUAUUCUUAUCACAGGAAGAAAUGUUUGUGAGGAGGUGCAAUUUGGUGUCUUCGAUUGUACUGAUGGAAUACUUACAGGUGCUACAAAUAUGUUAGAAACCAUUUUUUUCCCUGCUAUUUGUGCAUCUGAAAACUGGGGAUCACUUAACCAGUCGAAUCACGGGGACAGAGGAAAGAAAACUUUCAAAGAGAUUAUUCGCAGAUAUGUCACAUUCUUAAAGGGUGCAAAAGCAAGUCUUGAAAAAGCUGUAGUACUGAAGAGUGAAAAAAUCGAUCUUGCAAAGCUGCGCUCUUUUGAACAAAUAAGGGCAGCAGCAUCAAAUCUGGAAAUGGUUUCACAGCUUGAAAAUGUGCUUUUAACAUGGCACAAUCAACUGGAAUUGGUACUGGCACAAAGUAAUCAAGUGAGGAAAGAGGCUGAAAAUUCAGGUCCACUCACCGAACUGGAAUACUGGAAAUGCACAUCCGCUAAAUUCAAUUCUCUCAUUGAACAACUUAAAGGACAGCAUUGCAAGGCACUAAUUAACGUGCUAAAUAUAAGUCACUCAAAAAUGUUAAAGAUGUGGCAAGGGAUUGAUUCUCAAAUCACAGAUGCAGCGAAUGCAGCAAAGGACAAUGUGAAGUUUCUGCAGGCACUGGAGCAAGUCUGUCAGCCACUCUACCAUUCUGACCCAGUGACUAUGAUAAAGAGUGUUCCAAAUUUGAUCAAUACCAUUCAAAUGAUUCACAAUGUGUCACGGUAUUACAACACCUCACAACAGUUAACAUCACUCUUUAUUAAGGUCACAAAUCAAAUGGUUACAGCCUGCAAGGCAUAUAUUACGCUAGAUGGUACAGUUCGUAUUUGGGACCAGGAUUCCGGAAUUGUUAUUAAUAAAAUGGAGGAAUGUAAAAGAUUAUUGGUGGAUUAUCGCAAAUAUUUCCAGAACACCAAGAAAAACACGAGUGAAACAGCACAAGAUAAUCCUUUUGAUGUGUCAGAGAUGUACAUAUUUGGUAAACUUGAUGUCUUCUGUAAACGUCUGGCAAAGAUCACUGAAAUGGUUGAUGCAGUGAAGACCUUUACAGCAUUGCAGAACUGCACAAUUGAAGGAAUAGAGAUAUUGGGAAUAAAAUUCAACAAUAUCCGUCUGAACCUGAAAAAGUGCAAUUAUGAUAUUUUGGACCCUCGUAAGAAGGAGUUUAAUGCAGACUAUGCGGUAUUUAUGAAGCAAAUGUCUGAUUUGGAGAGCAUGACUGAUGAUUUCAUGAAUAGCUGUUUUACUAAAAUUAUUUCUUCACAACAUGCUCUACACCUGUUGAAUCGAUUUCAGAAUUUAAACAUUCCAUCCCUUGAGUCGGAAAUUGAUGUUACAAUUGAACGUAUUAUUCAGUGCUACUCAGGAGAAUUGAAUUUCGUACAAAAGCAUUACCAAGCCCAUAAGGAGAAUCCUCCACUUGCUAGAAACUUGCCUCCUUUAGCUGGAAAAAUACUGUGGGUGAGGCAGCUCUUCCGACGCAUACAUGAGCCCAUUGACUAUUUCUAUAAAAAUUCUGACAUUCUAAAAAGCCCACAGGGCAAGUCUGUGGUGCGAAAGUAUAACAAAAUUGCUUACGUCCUGGUAAAGUUUGAAGUAUUGUAUUAUAAGGCUUGGAUGAAAGAAAUCUCAUCCAUACGAUAUGUGCUGCAAGUACCUCUUUUGAUACGUAAUCCAGUCAGUGGAAAAAUGUUUAUGAACUUUGAUCAUCGACUUUUUGAAGUUUUUCGAGAUGCUAAAUGUUUAUUAAAAAUGGGCCUGGAAGUGCCGGAGACAGCCAAAACUUUACUGAAGAAUGAGAAGUCAUUGAUAAUGAACUAUAAUUGUCUGAAGCAUUAUCUUCACUUAUUUGAGAGGGUGUGCCAAGGAAUCCCCUCUCAAUUUGUGAUGUUGAUAGCACCUAAAAUCAGAAAGAUUGAGUUUGUUCUGAGACAUGGAGUCACUUUUCUGAACUGGUCAUCCAUAACACUCCAAACAUUCUUCUCUGAUAUUCAUGAGGCUAUAGAUGAUUUGCUUACACUAUUAGCGACACUAGAAGAUUUGGUGGAGAUGCAAAUAGAUAGUACGUUGAAUGAAAUAGCAUCAAAAAUUAUUAUCGAACUACCAGAAGAUCAUACGCUGACUCUGGAAGAACUGGUUAAGUAUAAUGAGAUUUGUACCAAGGAAUGGGCAGAGAUUCUCUCUCCAAAAGCCAGAAGCAUUGAAAUAAUUGUGGAGAAAUUAGUUGACAUAUUUGCAAAUAUCACCGAAAGAAUUAAAGAAAGUUCAAAAGCUACUGUUGUACCAGAACGUAGUAGACGUGUUGUAUUUACAGAAGAACCUGAAGAUGAAAAAGCAAGCUUCGUCUCCUUCUCCAGUAUUAAAGAUGACAGUCAGGGCAAAAAGGAUGAUGAAUUUGAGAGGGAUGUUACAGAACUUUAUGCACAUUUUAGCCAUAACCUGCAGGAUGCCUUAGUGAAAUCUUCACAUCUGUCUUUAGAAGUCCUCAAAAGAAGAAUGUUCAACUACCCUGGCCCCAACCGAUUCCUCAAACCCGACUUCACCUCCCUCGACGUGCUCACCUUCGCUGCCAGCGGCAUCCCAGCUGGCAUCAAUAUCGCCAGCUACGACGACAUCCGUCAGACGGUGGGGUUUAAAAACGUCUCGCUCGGCGGCGGCCGAGCUGAGGACUGGACUCGUGCCCAAGCCCGGGGCCUGGUCAAGGUGUACCAGCGCCCGGCCACGGCCAUCCUGCAGCACAGCCUCUCUGCAGGCAACUCUGGCUUGGCCGCCCACAACCCUCACCCCACACCCAGCCAUGGCCGGGCUGACACCAUCGGCAGAAGAGGACAGUAUGGCUACUCAAGUAACGUUGAAGAAUUCUCCCCCUUUAUGAAGGUUGAGGUUCACUUGGCAAUUCCGAAUGUGAUUAUGGAACCAAAUCUGGAUGACAUUCAACAUGGCAUCAACCGAACAAUCCAAAUGAUUUUGGAAGUGAACCGUAACGUGUUGCAGUGGAGGCAACCAAAAAUGCACCAUGAAAGUAUUUCUGAUUCACAGACGGCUGUAGUGGCAGCUGAUUUAUUUGAGUGGCACGGCAAGCAGUACCUGGUGCUCGUGGAUUCGUAUUCAGGGUGGUUCGACAUUGAUUUUCUCAGCAGCCCCAUUUCCAGCUGUGUGAUUUCGAAAUUAUCUCGUCAAUUUUCAAUCCAUGAAUCUCCAGAAGCAAAUGAAACCAGGAAAUUAAAGAAGCCAAAGAAUUUUUAUCAUAAUGUGGCAGAACAUAAAGAUGUAACAAAGUUAAUUAUGAUGUUGAGCGCCUCUGCAACUACGAUAAGAAGUGAAAUCCUGAGUUUACAAGAAAUGUUUCAAAAAUUCAAAGUAUUGUGGAUGCAAGACAGAGAUAUGACAGUUAAGGCAUUUAUGGAUAGCCACCCCAGUUUGUAUGAACUACGAACAAAAAUAGAGUACUACGCUAGUUAUCAACAAGAGAUUGAGGAAAUUAACUCCAUAAUUACAGUGGAUUUUAUCGAACUAAAUACAGAACCCAUUAAAAUGGCUCUUCUGAUAGAGGCCAAAGCGUGGAAAAUGGUUCUUUGUCGAUUAUUGAACGAACAGUACAAGGCAAAAAUGUUGGGAAUUACAGCAUUUAUCAGUGCACAAAUGAAAAAUUUAGCUCGACCAAUUCAGGAUUUGGAUGACGUUAGAUUUGCCAUGGAAUCGCUAACAGAAAUACGAAAUAAUGAAAUACAAAUGGAUAUGACGUUGGCACCCAUUGAGGAAGCAUAUAAUAUCCUGAGUAAGUACGAAGUUGGGAUUUCAAAAGAGGAAGCAGAGGGAGCAGACACACUUCGAUAUUUCUUCAACAAACUGCAAGUUAAAGCUAGGAAUGUACAGAAUGAAUUGGUACAAGUCCAACCCAAAUUUAAAGCUAAUCUGCUGGAGUCCGUGGAAAUUUUCCAGAAGGAAGUGCUCAAAUAUGGACGACAAUAUGAAAAGGAAGGCCCUAUGGUUCCAGGUAUUCUACCGGUAGAAGCCAGUACCAGAUUACAAAUUUUUCAGAGUUGGUUUGAUGAGUUAUGGAGGAAGUUUGCAACAUACUCAUCAGGAGAGCGCUUGUUUGGAUUACCAAUUCAGGAUUAUGAAAUGCUGCAGAAAAAUAAGAAGGAGCUGAGCCUUCUGCAGAAAUUGUACGGUCUCUACGAUACGGUGAUGAAUAAAAUUAAUGGAUACUAUGACAUUCUCUGGAGUGAGCUGGACAUUGAGAAGAUUAAUGCAGAGCUCUUGGAGUUUCAGAACAGGUGCCGUCGGCUGCCCAAAGGCUUGAAGGAAUGGCAGGCGUUUCUGGAUCUGAAGAAGAAAAUAGAUGAUUUCAGUGAAUCUUGUCCUCUCCUGGAAAUGAUGUCCAGCAAAUCAAUACAACUUAGACACUGGGAACGGAUAUCUGCAGUAACACGACAUAAAUUUAAUGUGACGUCAGAAUCAUUCACCCUGAAAAAUGUCAUGGAUGCUCCACUGCUUCAGUUUAAAGACGAUAUUGAGGAUAUUUGCGUAUCCUCUGUGAAAGAGAAAGAUAUUGAGGCCAAGUUGACUCAGGUGAUGCAGACCUGGACCAGCCAGGUCCUGAGCUUUGCUCCAUUUAAAACUCGUGGAGAACUUCUGCUCAGAGGAAUCGAAACAGCAGAAAUUAUAACAAUGAUGGAGGACAGUUUAAUGAUCUUGAACUCUUUACUCAGCAAUAGGUAUAAUGCGUACUAUAAGAAAGAUAUUCAGACUUGGGUGCACAAUCUGACGGCGUGCACAACUAUAAUAGAACAAUGGCUUUUAGUUCAAAAUUUGUGGGUUUAUUUGGAGGCUGUCUUUGUUGGGGGAGAUAUUGCCAAACAACUGCCACAGGAAGCAAAACGUUUUCAAAAUGUUGAUAAAUCUUGGAUAAAAAUUAUGCAGCGAGCCCAUGAAAUUCCAGCAGCGGUCCAUUGCUGUGUUGGAGAUGACAUCAUGGGACAGCUUCUGCCUCACUUACAAGAGCAACUGGAGGUGUGUCAGAAAUCAUUAACAGGAUAUUUAGAAAAGAAGAGGUUGCUAUUUCCUAGAUUCUUUUUCGUCUCAGAUCCAGCGCUACUAGAAAUCCUCGGACAAGCCAGUGAUUCACACACCAUCCAGGCCCACUUAGCAGGAGUGUUUGACAAUGUAAAUGAGGUGGAUUUCCAUCCAAAAGAUUACGAUACCAUAUUGGCUGUCAUUUCUAAGGAAGGAGAAACAAUUCAUUUGGAUAACCCAGUAAUUGCCAAAGGCCCAGUGGAACUAUGGUUAAGUGACCUACUGCGUAUCCAACAAUCAUCACUACACACUGUGAUCAAAUUAGCAUUCUACAGUUUCAGUGAACCAGAAUUCCAGCUAAUACCAUUCCUGUAUGAGGCACCUGGCCAGGUGGGAAUCUUGGCAAUCCAGAUACUGUGGACACGGGACUCAGAAGAAGCACUUAACAUGUCAAAAGAUAGCAAAAAGAUCAUGCAAGCAACGAAUCAGAAGUUCCUGGAUAUGCUGCAUGCACUUAUCAGCCAAACAACCCAUGAUCUGACUAAGUUUCAAAGAAUCCAAUUCGAAACUCUUGUUACGAUUCAUGUUCACCAGAGAGACAUUUUUGAUGAGUUGGUUAAAUUGCAUAUUAGAUCAAUCGGUGACUUUGAAUGGUUGAAGCAAAGUCGAUUUUAUUUCAAAGAAGACACACAAGAUGUAAGAGUGGGUAUCACUGAUGUGGAAUUUGUCUAUCAGAAUGAAUUUCUUGGCUGCACUGACCGCCUUGUCAUCACACCUUUAACAGACAGAUGCUAUAUCACCUUAGCACAAGCUUUAUGGAUGAAUAUGGGAGGUGCCCCUGCUGGACCUGCCGGUACUGGGAAAACAGAGACCGUAAAGGACAUGGGCAAAGCUCUCGGAAAAUAUGUCGUGGUGUUCAAUUGUUCAGACCAAAUGGAUUUCAGAGGAUUAGGAAGAAUCUACAAAGGCUUGGCCCAGUCUGGAUCAUGGGGCUGUUUUGAUGAAUUUAACCGUAUUGAGCUACCGGUAUUGUCUGUGGCAGCCCAACAAAUUUACAUCAUUCUUAUUGCGAGGAAGGAAAGGAAAAAAAUAUUUAUCUUCACUGACGGAGAUAGUGUAUCCCUUAACCCAGAGUUUGGAAUUUUUAUUACAAUGAAUCCUGGCUACGCAGGACGCCAAGAGCUGCCAGAAAAUCUGAAAAUUCAGUUUCGAACAGUGGCUAUGAUGGUGCCAGAUAGACAGAUCAUUAUAAGGGUGAAACUUGCCAGUGUGGGAUUUAUGGAUAAUGUGUUGCUGGCUCAAAAAUUCUUUGUGCUUUAUAAACUGUGUGAAGAGCAGCUCACAAAGCAGGUUCAUUAUGAUUUUGGUUUAAGAAACAUUCUCUCUGUACUGAGGACAUUGGGAGCUCAGAAGAGAGCACGGGCUGAAGACAGUGAGUCAACAAUUGUGAUGAGAGUUUUGAGAGAUAUGAAUCUGUCUAAAUUGGUGGAUGAAGAUGAGCCUCUCUUCCUUAGCCUGAUCAGUGACCUCUUCCCAGGGAUACAAUUAGAUAGUAGUACCUAUGUGGAAUUACAGGCAGCUGUCACCAAUCAGGUGGAAAUUGCAGGAUUAGUUAAUCACCCCCCAUGGAACCUCAAACUUGUUCAGCUGUUUGAAACAGCCAGAGUGCGCCAUGGAUUGAUGACAUUGGGUCCUAGUGGGUCCGGGAAGUCUUGUGUCAUUCGCACCCUAAUGCAAGCACUAACUGAAUGUGGAGCCCCUCAUCGAGAGAUGCGGAUGAAUCCCAAGGCUAUUACAGCUCCACAAAUGUUUGGCCGAUUAGAUACUGCAACUAAUGACUGGACCGAUGGAAUCUUUUCAACGCUUUGGAGGAAAUCCAUUAAAUCAAAAAAAGGUGAGAAUAUCUGGAUCAUUCUGGAUGGCCCAGUAGAUGCGAUUUGGAUAGAAAAUUUAAAUUCUGUACUGGAUGACAACAAGACUUUAACAUUGGCCAAUGGUGACCGUAUCCCUAUGGCUCCAUCCUGCAAAUUAUUGUUUGAGGUACACAACAUUGAGAAUGCAUCACCAGCCACAGUGUCCAGGAUGGGCAUGGUCUACAUCAGCUCUUCUGCUCUCAGUUGGAAGCCAAUUUUAAAGGCCUGGUUAAACAAGCAUUCUUCAAAUGAGGCUGAGACUCUAAAAGCCUUGUAUCACAAAGCUUUUGAAGAUAGUUAUGUGUUCAUGAAAUUAAACCUGAAUCCAGUAAUGGACUUGCUGGAGUGCAACUAUAUCAUGCAGUCAAUUACCAUUCUAGAUGGUUUGCUGGAGUUUGGAGUGACUUUUAACGAGGUGCAUCUUCAGCGGCUUUUUAUAUUUGGACUGAUGUGGAGUGUUGGUGCCCUAUUGGAAAGAGAAAGCAGAAUUAAACUUGAGAAAUUUUUACGAAACCAUAAAAGCAAACUUGACAUACCUCGGAUUCCUUCAGAUAGUAAUGAAACUAUGUUUGAGUUCCUUGUUAAUCCGAAAGGUGAUUGGGAGAACUGGAAAAUGUGGGUUCAAGAGUAUUUAUACCCGCCUGACAGUGAACCAGACUAUAAUUCAAUCCUGGUACCAAAUGUGGACAAUAUUAAGACUAACUUUCUUGUAAAUAUCAUAGCUAAACAACAUAAGGCAAUACUUCUAACUGGGGAACAAGGAACAGCAAAAACAGUAAUGAUUAAAGGGUAUUUGAAGAAGUAUGAUCCUGAGGAACACCUCUCCAAAAGUCUGAAUUUCUCUUCUGCCACAGAACCCUAUAUGUUCCAGAGAACUGUUGAAAGUUAUGUGGAAAAGCGAGUAGGAAGUACAUAUGGACCGCCAAGUGGACGGAAAAUGACCAUAUUUGUUGAUGAUAUCAACAUGCCAGUUAUCAAUGAGUGGGGAGAUCAGAUCACUAAUGAAAUAGUUCGUCAAAUGGUGGAAAUGCAUGGGAUGUACAAUCUGGACAAACCAGGAGACUUUACUAAAAUUGUUGAUGUACAAUUAAUGGCUGCAAUGAUCCACCCUGGAGGCGGACGCAAUGACAUUCCUCAGCGAUUAAAACGUCAGUUCACAAUCUUCAACUGUACACUCCCCACGAACGCUUCAAUUGAGAAGAUUUUUGGAAUUAUUGGGAAUGGUUACUUUCAAUCUUCUAGAAACUUCAUUCCUGAUAUUAGCAAUAUGAUAACAAAACUUGUUACUACUAGCAGGACCCUGUGGCAGUGGACAAAGGUUAAAAUGCUGCCCACUCCAGCUAAAUUUCAUUACAUCUUUAAUCUGAGGGAUCUAUCUCGCAUCUGGCAGGGAAUGCUGGCCAUUAAAGCAGAUGAGUGCUCCAAUGUAGAAACACUGCUGGGUUUGUUCAAACACGAGUGUAACAGGGUCAUAGCGGACAGGUUUGUAAAUGAUGAGGACAAAAUCUGGUUUGAAAAUGCAAUAACUCGUGCUAUUGGAGAGAACCUUGGAAGGGCAGUGGCUGACAAACUUGAUGAAGAGCCUUAUUUUGUUGACUUUCUUCGUGAUAUGCCAGAGCCAACUGGGGAAGAACCUGAAGAUUAUGUAUUCCUUGUUCCGAAAAUCUACGAACUGGUGCCAAACUUUGAAUUCCUAACAGAAAAAUUGCAGUUUUACCAGGCGCAACAUAAUGAAAGUGUCCGAUCAGGAUAUCUUGAUCUCGUCUUCUUCAAAGAUGCAAUGACACACUUGAUGAAGAUAUCUCGUAUAAUCCGAACCGACUGUGGAAAUGCAUUGCUGGUCGGAGUUGGUGGUUCUGGAAAACAAUGUCUUACAAAGUUGGCAUCCUUCAUUGCUGGAUAUAAAAUCUUUCAGAUCACUUUAACCAGAGCUUAUAAUGCCACCAAUUUGAUGGAUGAUUUAAAGAUACUGUACAGAACAGCUGGAGCAGAUGGGAAAGGCAUCACCUUCAUCUUCACUGAUAAUGAUAUCAAGGAAGAGUCUUUUCUUGAGUAUCUCAACAAUGUGCUCUCUUCUGGAGAGGUAUCAAACUUAUUUGCUCGGGAGGAACUUGAUGAGAUCACACUGUCUCUUAUUGCAACAAUGAAGAAAGAAACCCCUCGAGUCCCUCCCACUUUUGACAACCUAUACGAGUAUUUUAUAAAAAGAGCAAGGAAAAACUUACAUGUUGUCCUCAGCUUAUCUCCGGUUGGUGAAAAGUUUCGAUCACGAGCGCUGAAGUUCCCCGGCCUGAUUUCAGGAUGCACAAUGGACUGGUUCAGAAGUUGGCCCACCGAGGCACUAGUUGCCGUCUCUAGCUAUUUUCUUUCUGGUUUUCACAUUGUUUGUUCAGAGGAGAUUAAAAACCAACUGGUAGCAACGAUGGGUGUCUUUCAUGACCAAGUCUAUCAGACCUGUGAGGACUAUUUCCAGAGAUACCGAAGACGGACACAUGUAACUCCCAAAUCAUACCUUGCCUUUAUAAAUAGCUAUAAAGCUAUAUAUGCAGAGAAACAUGCAAACAUCAAUGAGCUGGCCGAGCAUAUGCAAAUGGGUCUCUACAAGCUCAUGGAAGCAACUGAAUCAGUGGCUCAACUUGCUGAGCAACUAGCAGGGAAAGAAAAGCAAUUGGCAGUGGCAUCACGCAACGCUGAUAAGGUGCUCGGAGAAGUGAAAGUGAGCGCAGAGGCAGCAGAGAUAGUCAAAAAUGAAGUCCAAAUGGUGAAAGAUAAAUCGCAGAAGAUCGUGGAUGAAAUAGCAGUGGAAAAACAUAUUGCAGAGAGAACACUUAUAGCAGCAAAGCCUGCAUUAGAAGCUGCAGAGGCAGCUCUGAAUACUAUCAAGCCUGCUGACAUUGCCACUGUGCGUAAAUUAGCCAAACCACCUCACCUGAUAAUGCGGAUUCUCGACAGUGUUCUGCUUCUCUUCGCAAAGAGAAUGGACACAGUCACCAUGGACCCUGAGCGGCCCUGUCUCAAACCAUCCUGGGGGGAGUCUUUGAAGUUACUGAGCGGCACUGGGUUUCUGCAGGCCCUGCAGCAGUUCCAGAAGGAUAGCAUCAAUGACGAAAUAGUGGAAUUGCUCCAGCCGUAUUUUACUAUGGAGGAUUACACAUUUGAAAAUGCUAAGAAAGUGUGUGGGAAUGUAGCUGGUUUGUUGUCUUGGACUCAGGCCAUGGCUGCCUUUUUUGCCAUCAACAAAGAGGUGCUUCCUCUGAAGGCAAAUCUGGCAGUACAGGAAAGUCGACUGCAAGGGGCCUUGAAACAGCUCGGGAUUGCCCAGCAUCAGCUCGAUGAGAAGCAAGCUGAGUUGGACAAGGUGCAGGCCAAGUUUGAUGCUGCCAUGAAACAUAAAAUGGAUCUGGUAGAAGACGCAGAAACCUGCAGAAGAAAGAUGGAUGCGGCAUCGACUCUGAUAGAUGGUUUGAGUGGGGAGAAAAUCAGAUGGACUGAACAGUGCAGGGAAUUUAAAGCACAAAUCAUCAGGUUAGUGGGUGACGUGCUGCUGAGUACUGGGUUCCUCUCGUACAGUGGUCCAUUCAAUCAAACUUUCAGAGAUAUAUUGAUCAAAGUCAUCUGGGAAACAGAGCUGCAGAAAAAGAGAAUCCCGUACACAGAUGGCAUAAACCUCAUAACUUUUUUGGUGGACCAGCCUACGAUCGGUGAGUGGAGUCUGCAGGGUCUGCCAAGUGAUGACUUGUCAGUUCAGAAUGGCAUCAUUGUGACCAAAGCAACCAGAUACCCACUUCUCAUUGACCCUCAGACACAGGGGAAAUCUUGGAUCAAGAAGAAGGAACUAAAUAAUGAUCUACAGGUAACAUACCUUAAUCACAAGUAUUUUCGCAAUCAUUUGGAGGACUCCUUGUCACUUGGGCGACCAAUGCUUUUGGAAGAUGUACAGGAGGAAUUGGACCCUGCUUUAGAUAACGUAUUGGAGAAAAACUUCAUCAAAAGUGGGACCACCUAUAAGGUGAAAGUGGGAGAUAAAGAAACUGAUGUGAUGACUGGAUUCAUGUUGUAUAUUACCACAAAGCUCCCAAACCCUGCCUACACUCCAGAGAUUAGUGCCAAGACAUCUAUCAUUGACUUCACUGUGACCAUUAAGGGUCUUGAGAAUCAGCUGCUUGGCCGAGUCAUCCUAACGGAGAAACAGGAAUUGGAGGCAGAGCGUGUGCAACUGAUCGUGGAAGUCACUCUCAACAAACGCAAAAUGAAAGAACUGGAGAAUAACCUAUUAUUCAAGCUUAGUACCACCAAAGGUUCACUGGUGGACGAUGAGUCUGUGAUUGGAGUCCUGCAGAUAACAAAGUCAACAGCAACUGAAGUCAGUGAGAAAUUGCAUGUGGCAGCAGAGACAGAGAUAAAGAUUAACACUGCACAGGAAGAAUACCGGCCAGCAGCAACUCGUGGCAGCAUCCUAUAUUUCCUCAUCACAGAAAUGAGUAUGGUCAACAUGAUGUAUCAGACCUCACUGGCACAGUUUCUCAAAUUGUUUGAUCAGUCCAUGGCCAGAUCUAAGAAAUCUCCCGUUGCUUCGAAGAGGAUCAGCCACAUCAUCGACUACCUGACGUAUGAAGUAUUUAAGUAUUCAGUUCGUGGGCUUUAUGAAACGCACAAGUUCCUUUUCACAUUACUGCUGCCUCUGAAGAUUAAUCUUGAACGUGGAUACAUCAAAUACAGUGAAUUUCAGACUUUAAUAAAAGGUGGAGCAGCGCUUGACCUUAAAGACAGUCCAGCGAAGCCUUUCCGCUGGAUCCUUGACAUGACCUGGUUGAACCUGGUAGAGCUGAGCAAACUCUCACAGUUUGGAGAGAUACUGACCCAGAUAACUAAAACCGAGAAGCCUUGGAAAGUCUGGUUCGACACACAAGCUCCAGAAGAUGCAAUAAUUCCAAGUGGGUACAGUGACUCUUUGGAUUCAUUCGGCAAAUUGUUGCUCAUCAGGUCGUGGUGUCCUGAUCGAACUCUCUCACAAGCUCGAAGCUACAUUUCCGAAUCAAUGGGAGAAAAAUAUGCAGAGCCGGUGGUUUUAAUCUUGGAGACAACUUGGGAAGAAAGUGAUACACAAACCCCUCUGAUCUGCUUCCUGUCCAUGGGAUCAGAUCCCAGCAACCAGAUCGAAGGAUUGGCCAAGAAACUUGAUAUUGCUUGUCGGGCAAUAUCCAUGGGUCAAGGGCAAGAGGUUCAUGCCAGAAGGCUGGUGGCAAUGUCUAUGCAACAGGGUGGAUGGGUAUUACUGCAAAACUGCCACCUUGGUCUGGAUUUUAUGGAUGAGCUGCUGGAGACCCUAAUGACAAGUGAGAAUGUCAAUGAAUCUUUCCGAGUGUGGAUUACCACGGAGCCACAUGCAAAGUUCCCCAUCACGCUGCUGCAGACAUCUAUCAAAUUCACCAAUGAACCUCCUCAGGGAGUCCGUGCAGGAUUGAAAAGAACAUUUGCUGGGAUCACACAAGACCAAAUAGAAUACUCCAACCUGCCCAUGUGGAAACCACUCCUGUAUGCAGUAGCUUUCCUGCACACCACUGUCCAGGAACGGCGGAAAUUCGGUCCACUCGGUUGGUGUAUUCCAUAUGAGUUUAACUCCUCGGAUUUCACAGCCAGUAUCCAGUUUAUACAGAACCACCUGGAUGACUGCGACAAAAAGAAGGGUGUGUCGUGGAAUACUGUACGAUACAUGCUUGGAGAGGUUCAGUAUGGAGGGCGUGUUACAGAUGACUUUGACAAGCGACUGCUUAACUGCUUCACCAAGGUAUGGUUCAGUGAGAAGACGUUUGAUCCCAAGUUCAGUUUUUACACUGAUUAUAAUAUUCCAAUCUGUCCUAACGUCGAGAGCUAUCUGGAAUACAUCCAGUCUCUGCCUAUCACUGACACCCCUCAGGUGUUUGGCCUUCAUCCGAAUGCUGACAUCACGUACCAAAGUAACACUGCAGCAGAAAUUCUUAAUACCAUCACGAACAUCCAGCCAAAAGAAAGUGGCGGAGGAGGAGGCGAGACUCGAGAAGCCACUGUCUUCAAACUAGCUGACAGUAUGCUGUGGAAGCUGCCUCCAGACUAUGUGGCACAUGAGGUGAAAGCACGCCUGGUGAAAAUGGGGAUUUUGAAUUCUAUGAAUAUCUUCUUGCGGCAAGAAAUUGAUCGGAUGCAGAAGGUGAUUACAAUGCUCCGGAACUGUUUGAGUGAUUUACAGCUGGCUAUCGAGGGAACCAUCAUCAUGAGUGAGAAUUUAAUCGAUGCCUUGGAUAACAUGUACGAUGCUCGUGUCCCUGAGGGAUGGAAGAAAAUCUCCUGGGCCUCUUCUACAUUGGGAUUUUGGUUCACCGAGUUCCUGGAGAGAAAUACACAAUUUUCAUCCUGGAUCUUUGAAGGCAGACCCAAUGUCUUUUGGAUGACCGGGUUCUUCAAUCCCCAGGGAUUCUUAACUGCAAUGAGACAGGAAGUAACACGAGCACAUAAGGGUUGGGCACUAGACAGCGUCACUCUGCACAAUGAAACUACCAAACUGAUGAAAGAAGAAAUCAAAGUGCCACCAAUGGAAGGAGUUUACAUCUACGGCCUUUACCUGGAUGGAGCAGGUUGGGACAGGAGAAACAUCAGACUGACGGAAUCUAUAGCCAAGGUUCUCGUUACCAUGCUGCCUGUCAUCUACAUAUUUGCCAUCAAUUCCACUGCACCUAAAGACCCCAAAUUGUACAUCUGCCCAGUCUACAAGAAACCACAGCGUACUGACCUAACUUUCAUCACUUCCCUGUGUCUGAAAACAAUCCAGCCACCUGACCACUGGAUUCUCAGAGGGGCUGCCUUACUCUGUGAUAUCAAGUAA